AUGGCGGAAGUCGAACAGAAGAAGAAACGUACCUUUAGGAAAUUCACCUACAGAGGUGUCGAUCUGGAUCAGCUCCUCGAUAUGUCCUACGAGCAGCUGAUGCAGCUGUACAGUGCUCGCCAGCGUAGGCGUCUGAACCGCGGCCUGCGUCGUAAGCAGCAUUCCCUCCUGAAGCGCCUUCGCAAGGCCAAGAAGGAGGCCCCUCCCAUGGAGAAGCCAGAGGUGGUCAAAACUCACCUGCGCGACAUGAUCAUCCUCCCCGAGAUGGUGGGCAGCAUGGUUGGCGUAUACAACGGCAAAACCUUCCACUCUUAA